AUGGCUUCCCGAGUUGGAAGGAGGAAAUCAUCUGUGGCGAGAGCGUACUUGGUUGAGGGCACAGGGGAGGUACUUAUUAAUGGGAAAACACUGGCGGAUGCUUUUGGCAGACAUCAUGAUAGGGAAAGUGCCAUUUGGGCUUUGAAGGCCACGGAUAGAAUUGAUAAGUAUAAUCUUUGGGCCCUGGUUAGUGGAGGUGGAACUACAGGGCAAGCGGAAGCUUUGACGUUAGCGGUGGGGAAGGCUUUACUUUCACAUGAACCGGCUUUGAAGCCUGCAUUGCGAAGGGCCGGAUGUGUAACUCGUGAUCCAAGAAGAGUGGAGAGAAAGAAGCCAGGUCAUGUCAAGGCCAGAAAGAUGCCUGCCUGGGUCAAGAGAUAA